UCUGUUCUCCCGCCAUCUCGCUUCGACCUGCAUCUCUGACCUGUAUCUCUGACCUGCAUCUUUGGCCUGCGUCUCCGUCUGCAUCUGCACUCGCAUCCGUCACCCAUGUCGCUCCUGCCUCCCGCGCUUGAUCCCGCCAACGUCCGGUGGCUGCUUCACUAUGGCCGUCGGUCGAUUCUUCCCCGCUGCGUCAACUCCUCCAAUGCCCAGGCGCUGGUCUUUCCUGAGAGCCUUGGCGACGUCCUGUACGCAAGCGACCGCUGCAUGCCUCGGGCCUGGAUCGACAACCGCACGGCCACCAGCUACGCCUAUCUCUCUGUCGUUCCAGACAGCCAUUCGAUCUUCCUCAGUGACUGUGGGUCGGACUCGUCCUGCCGAACAGAUUGCUCCGUCGCCGCCCAGUUCUCCACCCUCAACUCGGAUCCGUGCACAGCCAGCUUCUUCACAGGGGCCUACAGCAACAAGAGCUAUCUCUCGACUGACUUGUGGGACUCAGGCUUCAAGACACCCUACUUCUCAUAUAUCGCAAGGAGCUUUGGCGACUCGACCUGCACCAAUCUCAGCGUUGUCGUCCGAGACCCCAUCUACCAGAACUGCACCAAGAUGCCGGACGGAAGCUACACCGUCGACAGCAACUUGGGGUCGCCCAACAUGGUCGUUUGGCCUCAUGGCGUCGAUGCCAACUGCACAGCCGGCGGCAACGGCGUGGAGGGCUUCACACUGAACAACAAAUGCGUACCGAACCAAGGGCUCGCAGGCGAAUUCGAUUUAGGUCCGCUUCUCAGCGUCCCAAACCUCAGUCUCUCUGCCCAGAUCCCGUUCAACGUAUCAAAUCCGUCAAAUGGAAACUCGCAAAACAGCCAGUUCAAGCCCAGCGCACUCCUAUGGCUCAUCGCUGCACCGGUGCUUAUUGCGGCCGUGGUCUAUCUGCGUUUCAAGACUUCGCGAAGGCCUCCAAUUCUUCCCGCCUCGAUCCGCCAAGCAGCGAGAUCGACCUCAACCCUUCCCCGAUACUCACCAAACCCAGCGAUUCCGAGCGACUCAUCCAUCGAGCUCAACAGUGUCUCCCACGUAAACCCAGAAUCCUCCGAAAUCUUCCCGCCUUCAUAUCAACAGACCAUCCAAGGCACUCCCGUCCUGCCGAGGGUAGUGUCCGAGAGUCAACAACCGGGCGUCAUGUUUCCGACCCCAUCUGUCUCCCGGCCAAGCAGUGGUGUUCUCUAUGCCGAAAAUGGCUCUGCCAGCCCUAAUUCUCCCACCCAGUCUCCCGAGCGCCGACAAUCCGUCAACCCAAUGCUCCGUCCUGCUCGUCGACUGUGAGCCUUGCUCAGCCGACGGCAGCCGCCAGAUGGCUGAUCGUCACCAUGUCAUAAUUAUGUCGUUUUCCUGCCGUAAUCUAGAUAUUUUGGUAUUGUAUCUGACCCA